ACCUUUUAACCAUGACUGUUGAUCUUUGGGCACAACUGUGAGUUGAUGAGUCUCUUAUCAGCGCAGCAGUUCACUCCAGCAAAACAAGUUUUAAAAAAUGCAUCAUAAAAAAAACCAAUGCCAGGAAAUUCCCAAAAAUCUUUCUAUCUGGAGGCUCCUCCCCCUUCUGUAUUGGCUAACCACUCUUAAGUCCUCCUCCACACAAUCAGCCUUUUGUGUCUAAGCCCCUCCCUUACUGGAGCAAAAAUGAUGUUGCUGAUUAGCUGACUUACCUGAAUCUGGCAGAGUACCGGGAGCAUUUCCUCAACAAUGAGAUUGACGGCUCUCACCUGCCUUCUCUGACAAUAAUAUUAUCUUGGGUAAUAAGUACUUUGUUCGCUGAGUUGAAUAACUGCACUGGAACUAUGGUUGUCAUGGCAGUCAAAAUGACGGUUUACAGAUGACCGCGAUGACUUGUUGUUGCAUGAACGCAAUGGAUCCAUUGUGAUCCCAGAGGCUGUUAUUGAAAAUAAGAAAUUGUUCUUAAUUAACUUGCCUGGUUAAAUAAAGGUUGAAUAAAUAAGAAAGGAAAGUACAUGGAUUGCAUUUCAUCUCAUGUUUUAAUAAUCUUGAUUUUUCACUGCUUGUGGGCUUUUCCCAAGCGAGUCUGAGUAGAAUACUUCACUAAUAAAGCCUCAAGAAUGCAUGAAUGUCAUUCACCGAAACCAAUGUCCAAGGUCAGGAUGUUUGUUAAAUAAUACAGGGCGUUUUGUUUUUUUGUUUUUUUGCCAAACCCUGUAAUAUAUCCCCAGAGCACUUGGAAUAUACAGCAUAUGUCAUAUAGGACCAUUCUGUUGUACUUUUAUGCUUUUUUUAUGUUGAUUGCCUAUUAUUAUGGACGAGCGCAUGGGAUUAUUAUUUUUUUAAACCCCGCUUUUGUGGUCCACAAAAAAGAAGGGCAUACAGCACUAGAACAACACAAGGGCUGAAACUGAUACCAGCAAGAUGGGAGGAGCGAGAAUGGGUGGCCUGAGGCGUGGCUACAGCAAUGCCACGCCUCCCUCCGAUGUAGGCCCCAAGCAGUCCACCGCACAGCGGAACCAAGCUCCAGCCGUGGCCAAAAUUGCAGGUCGGCAAGGUGGAAAGGGGCUGUUAGUGAAGCAGCGCAAGGUGGAGGAGACCGGCCGAGAAAAGUUGGAAAAAAGUUCCAUUUCCAUCCCAACAAUUAUUGUGAAAGCGCCAUCUACCAGCAGCUCUGGGCACAGCAGCCGGGCGAGCAGUGAGGAUACAGAACCGUCUCCUGAGAAUAACGAAGAGCAAGAAGACGCAAAGCCUCAAAACCCAGUCAUGACACCUACACCCACUCCACCUCAACCACCUAGCAUCCCAUCAAAACUGGAAACACUGGGCAAGAGCACAGCACAGCGGGAACGCGAACGCUACCGUGACUCCCGCCGAAGAAGCACCUCUUUCUACUACUCCUCUGAGGAGGACAUGUUAGAUGAGCAGGAGUCUGCUCAGACUUCCCUGGAGGCUAGCACCUCCGCACGAUUGCGCCCUUCUAAAUCUAUCGAUGAGGGACUGAUCUCCGGUGAUGCCUUAAGCAUGCCUCCUGCAUUUGGGUUGCCUCAGUAUGCAUCAGCUACACCUCAUCAAGCCACUACCUUCAUCCACCCAUUGACAGGGAAGGUUCUAGACCCAACAAGCCCACUUGGACUGGCGCUGGCGGCUCGUGAGCGAGCACUGAAAGACGACCGGCGUACUCGUAGAGAAGAGCGCCACUUUGGUCGGCAGAUGUCUAGCACCGGAGCGUUUCCUUCUGCCGUCUCGUCUCCAAACCAAAAACCAGUUCCUCCGUUUUACAUCUACCAGUCACACACCUCUCUUUACCUUAGCGGUGCCUCUCCAACAACAAGCGGGCCAGUCCCGCAGAGUCGCCCUCAGUCCCCUCGGAUGCUUCGAUUAAGUGGUGGUGGGACAGGGAGCUUGGAAUGGAGUGAACAGAAUAUUGUGGAUCGAGAGGAAAGAGGGGCACCAAAGGUGCGGUUUACAGAUAAUCAAGCCAGUCAGUACCAGUCUCACCUUCAAGACAGAGCCAAUCAGUACCACACUUACAUGCGGGACAGAGAAAGGGAAGGGCACAAGAGGAUACCUCCCAAGCCUCCUCCCCGCAGACCUUCCUUUAUAGGCAAGGAGAAUGAACUUGGCACAGCUGACAGAAAUCUCACUGGUAAUUCCCAGGAUGACAGAGGAGGACAGAAGAUGGGAGAGAGUGGGAUGGAAAAGGAGGGAGAGAAGGAUGCAAAGAGAGGGCAAAAUCUAGGAGUUGGAGAGGGUGGCGAUGUGAUGGUGCUUCCACCCCCUGCUCCGUCUGUGGAUGUGGAUGACGAGUUUGUGUUUGCAGAGCCCCUACCUCCCCCUAUACAGUUUGCAAAUGGAAUAGAAAUAGACACCCGUGGAACAACAGAAUAUAAUCAACAACAACAACAGAAGGAGCUGUCAGGAUCUCAGCUACCCAAGGAGCAACAGUCUCUGCAAACGCUGUCCAAACCCCCGCAAGACGCCAUGUCCCUACCAGACAACACGCAAGCUGACUCACAGCAGACACCCGUCCAUCCUUCUGCUGUGGUGCAUCCAUAUCUUUUCCCACCUUCUCCUCUAAUCCCCCCUCCACAGCUGUGUCCCAAAAUACCUCCUGCAAACCUGCCCCAGUCACAAACCUCAGGCUAUUCCCAGCACCCGAACACCAGUCAACCCCAACCUUUACCCUCGCCACAAGCGGGAGACUCUGCCGCUUCUAGUCUUACAUCUUACGACAGUGAGGUGGCCAAUCUGACCCAGUCAGCUCUCUCCCCAUCUCUCCCUUCUCCUCAGAUAUUCCCUUCAUCGAGUUCCCCUUCUGCCCCAACCGCCUCAUCUGACCCUAUGUCGCUGCAUCGUCCUCUCCCGCUUUUCUACCCUCAGCAAGGCCAUGCCAACAUUUCUAUGUCAUAUUCCACUGUGGCUGCAACUGCAGCUGUAAUGACUGUCACCACAACAAUGCCUUUGGAAAAUACAUCAGUUAUCGCAGGUGACCGACUUCCUCCGGCACUUAAGGGCCGCGAUUGGUCGGAGGCUGUGGUCGAUUCUGGGAUUGAGGAACUGGAUAGUCACAGCAGCAGCGAUCACCACAUGGAAAACUUUGGAGAACGACGAGAACAAGAAGGAGGCAGAGAGAAGGAGAGGGGAGGAAGACGGAGAGAAAGCAUGGAGAGUGGGAUAGUAGGAGAUGGAUUCAAAGGAGACCGAAGAGUGUCUCUGGAUUCGUCUCUUUCUCAUCCUGAUAAAUUCGCUCAAAAAACACACAAACCACACAUGCAUAAAUCCAAACCUCCAAACCCGCCACUUGCAAAAACGCACACUCAGAAUAUGUCAAAAUAUCACAUGCACACAGAAAAUGGACGAACCGGACCGCCGCUACAGCGGCAGGCUAGCACCGCUCCCAACAUAUACAGGUCAAGGGAAGAGGAAGAGCAGGAACAGGGAAGAGGAGGCGAUGCUGCAGUGAAGAUGCCGUCAUUUAUGGAUCGUCGUCUGAACUCUCCUCUCUCCAAUGUUAAGGCCAGCAUUAUAAAUGAACUCAGCAGUAAACUACAACAGCUUGGUGGCUGGCAGAGUCAGGCACCACCGACAAAUCAUAGGUGAGACGUUUUGUGAAAUUAAAAAGACACAGAAGUUUGUGAACCCUUUAAGAAUUUCAUAGAUUUCUGCAUUCAUUAUGUGGUAUAAUGUACAGUUAUAUUUUAACUAUAUACCUUUUUCCUCCAACUAUAUCUCAAAUGGAGUGUAGGUAAAAAAUAUAAAUAUUAUAAAUAUAGUAUAUAUAAAAU